AAAGAAACAUGUCAAAACAGAGAGUGGGAGAAGAGGAAAUUGGAGUGGAAGCAACGAAAUUGAGAAGACAAUUAACAUUGCCGUGUGCAUGUGAGACCCUAUCAAAGCCAACCAACCACCAUACUUCUUCAAAUUCUCGACUAUCUCUUUCUGCGCCAACGGAAAAAGUCACAUCUUUUGCUUCCUUAUAAACCCACCUCCCCUGCUUUCUUCUCCUCUCACAUUAACACCUUAAACAACAAACAGAGCUUUCCCCUGUUUUCUCCUCUUGGGCUCUCGCUCUCUUCCAGAUUCUCUCCUCAGUAGCCAGUCUCAUUUGGGUUUCUUCAUCUUCCGCCGCCUGCUCGCUCUCUUUGUUUCUGAUUAUUGAUUAGCAAGUGACUUAAGAGAUGGGUUGCUCAAGAUUUGACACUUUUGGUAUCCGAUUCUGUUUACCGGAUUCUCGAACUUGAUCUUGUUUUUUUUUUUCAGAAUCUUUUGAUCAAAUUAGGAUCUGGGUGUUUUUUUUUUUUUUUUGAUACAUUUGAUUCUAUCUGUUCUUACCUCAAUUUGCUUGGUGGCCCAUCUCGAAAUUCUCAAUCAUUCAUUUCCUUAUAAGAUCUUUAGAGAGCGAGCGGGUUAGUUACAUUUUCCGUAAUGGCUGCAACUAAAAAUAACGCAGGAAAAUCCAGGAAGGGUGCUGAUGAAAAGCAGAGGUUGACGAGGCAAGAUUGGGAGCUUGACAGGUGCAAAGAGGAAACUAAUCUUAGCUUCCAUGAGAGGCAGCAGCGGAAGCCAGUUUUUGGUGAAGCUUCCGCGGCAGAAAGACCUCUCAAGAAGAUCCGCAGUCCUGAACGUCAAGAACCAAUUCAAUUCUCUGCAUUUUCAACUCACCAAUCCGUAGCUUCCUUCUCUAUUUCUCCUAGCUCUUCUUUUUCUUCUCAUCCACCUACUUCUUCUUCUUCUUCUUCUUCUGCCUUGCCUUCUGGUUCGAGCAUUCAAUUUCCGUUUUCUUUUGAAGGUUGUAAUCAACCUAUGCAAUUUCCUCACCAGUUAAUGACAAACCCUUCUUUGCCUUAUUUACUUUCACUAACUCAAGUGGCACAAAAUCAACAACAAAUUAUUUCUUAUGCUCAAAACCAGCAGCAAGGCAUCGCUUGUCCUCAGCUUUUUGCUGGAGAAUCUGCAUUGGCACACAAACAACAGCAGCAACAGCUGUUUCAGUACUGGAGUGAUACCCUGAACUUAAGUCCAAGAGGAAUGAUGAUGAAUAGGCUGGGGCCAGAUGGGAGGCCAUUGUUUAGGCCACCAGUUCAGCCUAUAAACACAACAAAGCUUUACAGGGGAGUAAGGCAGAGGCAUUGGGGGAAAUGGGUAGCUGAAAUUCGUCUCCCUCGCAAUAGGACUCGCCUUUGGCUAGGCACCUUUGACACAGCAGAAGAUGCUGCCAUGGCUUAUGAUCGCGAGGCUUUUAAGCUGAGAGGAGAGAAUGCAAGGCUGAAUUUCCCUGAACUUUUCCUCAAUAAGGAUAAAGCAAUCACCACUGCUCCAACUUCGACAGUUUCGUCUCCACCAACUCCGAAUCAAAGUUCAUCACCAAAACAAACAAAACAAAUCCUCGACUUGCGGGCUUCAAGUAUGGAAAACAUGCCGCCACCACCUCCGGUACCACCGCCAUCACAACCGUCUCAAGGAGACAAUCCUGACAAUGAUUCAGGAAUGUGUUCAAGUGGGGCUACAGUGAGUGAUGAGGUUCAGGCGGUAGCAGAGGGUUGUAGUGGAGGAGAAGACAUUUCAGUGUCUCAAGAAUUGGUUUGGGGAGACAUGGCAGAAUCUUGGUUCAAUGCAAUUCCAUCAGGAUGGGAACCGGGAAGUCCAAUAUGGGAUGAUUUUGACACCACUAAUAAUCUGUUAAUGCAAACACACCUUCCUUUUGGCAAUCCAAAUCAACAACAGUUUAAUGAUUCUUCUGAGUUACAGAGACAACAGCACAACAUGAGCUUAGCUUCUUCUUCUUCUUCUGCUUCUUCUUUCUCCUCGUCUAUUCCCAUGAAGCCAUUCUUUUGGAAGGAUCAAGACUGAUAGGUCUCAUCUCCAUAAGUGGUAUACCAGGUGCCUCUUUGUUCUUUUUUACUUCACAGUUUGUUUUUGGACCACCCACUAGAUUUUUUCACAGAUUGCAGAUUUUUCAAGGAAACCAACCUGUGACUCUUUAACUCAGCCAUAUAUGCUUGGAAGAGUUUGAUCUUCAAGCCCAUCUCCUUUCAGGUUGCAGAUUUUUCACAAACAACCUGUGACUUUCCUUGGAGCUUUGCUAGUUUUUCCUAUCAGGAUAUGCAAAACUUCAAAACCACCUCCUUUUACUUCUAUCUUUUUCAUUGAAAGCCUUCACAAUUUAUUCUUUUUUUUUUUUCUUUCCUUUCAAAUUCUCCCUUCAUUGCAUCUGCUCCAAAAGGCUGCAUAUUAACCAGGCCUUGACAAUUUAGCUUCAUGCUUCACAGGUCAUGAACUUCCAUUUCCAGGAAUUUCUUAUGCUAUUUUACAGUUUUUUUUAUGUUAUAUUGAGGAUGUAGCAGUAGCAAUAUAAGUAGAAUCAAUAGUGCAGGACCAGCAUAUGAUAGGAGACAGUUUUGUGAUCUCCUUUCAAUUGGUCUGUCUAGUGUCUACCCAUCACAAGCUUUAUUUUUCUGCUUGGAGGGUGGAAUCAAAUAUAUGUAAUCUUUGUACAUUAGUGGAGUUUGUUGUGAUCUUAGCUUUAUAAUGUAAUGUUGUGUUAUGUCUCCCUUCUC